CAGCACUAUUCACACAUUUAAAAAUUAUUUUGCUACAGUGUUUUCAGUUUUCAGUUUUCAGUUUCAGCAAAAUAAGUUCUAUCCAAACACACCCAUAAUUCCCAUUUCAUCACAUCUUUAAUCUCUUACCUUUUCCUCCUCUUUUUACAUCUUCUUAAUCUUCUCAUCCCAAUGGCUUUCCUGAGCAACAAAAGAGCAGCCUCCUCCUCCUCCUCCUCCUCUUCUUCUUCUUUUUCUUCUUCCACUCACCAGAGCUAUGACAUUUUCUUAAGCUUUAGAGGUGAAGAUACCCGCUAUGGUUUUACAAGCUAUUUACAUAAAGCAUUAUGUGAUCAAGGUUUCAACACCUUCAUUGAUGAUAACCUUAGGAGAGGAGAAGAAAUUUCAAUAGAACUUCUUAAAACCAUUGAAUCAUCAAUUGUUUCAAUUGUCGUGUUAUCUAAAAACUAUGCUUCUUCUACUUGGUGUUUAGAUGAACUUGUCAAGAUUCUUGAGUGUAGUCAAUUGGUUUUACCUGUUUUUUACCAUAUAGAUCCAUCAGAAGUACGUAAACAAGAGGGUGAGUUUGGAAAAGCUUUAGCAAAACAUGAAGAAAUAUUCAAAGAUGAUACUGACAAGGUGCAGAAUUGGAGGAUAGCACUAAAUAAAGUUGGUAGUUUGUCUGGAAGGCACUAUAAGAAUGGUGUCACUGAAUUUGAAUUUAUCCAAAAAAUUGUUAAAGAUAUACCAAGAACUAUAUUAAAAUGCACACCAGUAUUUGUUGGCGAACGCCUUGUUGGAGUAAAACCUCGUGCCAAGGACGUAGAAUCGCUUUUAAAUAUUGAGUUAAAUGAAUUUCGCAUGGUAGUGAUUCAUGGCCUUUCUGGAAUAGGUAAGACUACAAUUGCAAAAGCAGUUUAUAAGAGAAUUGCUAAUCAUUUUGAUAGAAGCAGUUUUUUAGAGAAUGUUAGAGAAACUUCGGAGACAAAGGAUGGCAUUAUCAAACUACAAGGUCAACUUCUAAAAGAGAUUUUAGGGGAUGAAAUUUUGAAAAUUCACAGCAUAUAUGAAGGAAUCGAUUUGAUAAAAAAGGGACUUCGUUGUAAAAAGGUUCUUUUAAUUCUUGAUGAUGUGGAUACAUUGGGAAGAAUAAAAAAUUUGCUUGGAGAUUGUAAUUGGUUUGCUCCACGAAGUAGAGUCAUUAUAACAACAACAACAAAUCCACAAUUUUUAGCUACUCUUGGAAAAGUUUGUACAACUUAUGAGGCCAAGAAAUUGGAGAAACAUGAAGCUCUUCAACUCUUUGAAAAGCAUGCCUUCCUUGGAAAGAAACCCGAUAAAGAUUAUUCAGAACUUACAAACCAAGUUAUACAAUAUGCCCAAGGCCUUCCAAUAGCUCUUAUAACAAUAGCUUGUGAUUUGUGUGAAAGAACUAAACAGGAAUGGGAAAUUACAUUAGAUAAGUAUAUGAAAAUUCCCAAUGAAGACAUUCAAAAAGUACUUAGAGUAAGUUAUGAUGGACUAGAGGAAAUAGUACAAGAUAUUUUCCUUGAUAUUGCAUGUUUCUUCAAGGGAUGGAAGAAGGAUUAUGUUGUAAAUAUAUUAAAUGCUAGAGAUUCACAUCCAGGUUAUGGUAUUCAAAGACUUGUUGAUAAGUGUCUCAUUAUUGUGGAUCAUGGUAUACUGUUAAUGCAUGACCUGAUACAACAAAUGGGUAGAGAAGUUGUUCGACAAGAAUCACGUAUUCUUGAAAAACGUAGCAGGUUAUGGCAUCAUGAAGAUGGUCUUGAAGUACUACUUGGAAAUAAGGGGACGGACGAAAUUCGAGGUAUAAUGUUGCAUUCACCUGAGCUACUAAAUGUGCAACUACACCCCAAUGUUUUCAAAAAGAUGGGAAAUCUCAAGAUACUUCUUGUCGAUAACAUAAAUAUUUGUGAAGCAAUUCAAUAUCUUCCCAACGGGAUAAAGAUUCUUUAUUGGCGUAAAUAUCCUUUUCGCUUGCCAUCCAAAUAUUGUCCUCGACAACUUGUUGGGCUCGAUAUGCCAUAUAGUCGCAUUGGGUUGGAAAAGUUAUGCAAGCAGGAGUUCCAGUUAGAAAAUAUGAAACAUCUCAAUCUCAGUGGUUGUAAAUUUAUAACCAAAUUACCUGAAUUAUGCACCCCAAACUUGGAGAUAUUGGACCUUUCUUAUUGUGAAAAUUUAGUUAAGAUUCACGAGAACGGUGAAUUUCUUCAUAAGCUUAAAACGUGGAAUCUUGAUUAUUGCAAAAAACUUCAAAAUAUUCCAAACAACCUCAUGUUGACAUCUCUUGAAGAUCUUGAGAGAUUAACCCUUUAUGAUUGCCAAAGCCUUCGGGAUCUUCCAGAUUGCAUUUAUAAAUUGCAACAGCUUCGGGAGUUGUUGUUUACUCCUACUGCCAAAUUGAGACCGACAUGCAAUUCUUUUGAUAGCUCCUCCGGUUAUGGGUUUCUGAACAUGACACGCCUGCAAAUUGAAUUAGAUCUUUUGAUGAAGCCUGAUUACUUCCCCACAUUGGAAGUGAUAGAUCUAGGUUGUACCAAUAUUAUUACCAUCCCCGAAAGCAUUAGCAGAUUUCCUAGAUUAAAAGAACUUUUAAUUGACAAUUGCAAGCACCUUCGUGAAAUUCAAGGACUUCCACUAUCGAUAAGUUGGGUUUAUGCAAGAAAUUGCCCGUUGUUGGAUAACGAAUCACCAAGUGGGGUAUUGAAUCAGGUAAUAGAAAUUGUGGGGAUUUUACGGAAUGGAGUAUGUGGUAGUGCAAGAAGCAAUGAAUUAAUGGAUCCACAGUUCACCGACUACUUCCCAUCUGAAACUGAGGGUGCUCAAUCUGAAUCCGAAUCUGAAGAUGGGGACAUCUCACAGUUCUCCAAUUAUAUUCCUGAAUAUCGUAUGCUGUGGGUAUCGGGAACUGAGAUUCCAUGGUUCAAUCAUCAAAGUGUUGAAAAUAAUUCCAUAUCGUUCUGGGUUGGUCGCAAAUUUCCAAAAUUGGCUCUCUAUAUUGCUUUUGGACUCGAUGAGUAUUCAUAUAAUUGCUUUGUUUACACUAACAUUUCCAUCAAUGGUUGUAUAAAAGAUGAAUGGUUGCCUGUGCCUGUAAUUCAAAAUGCUUAUAAUCUUCUGCUAUUAUAUUCUCCACGUCAAAGGUAUCUGCAGCAGAAAUUGAAUGAAUCAAAUCCAACCGACCAGAAUCGUGUUAAGGUUACAUAUUCUAUUAGCCAGCGUGGAUGUAUUAAGACACUAAAAGCCACAAGGUGGGGGGUCCACGUAGAGUGCAUCUGUCCUCCUCAAGAAUCUGGUAUACCUAACUUGCCCCUUCUAACUGCUGGACAUGAUGAUGAUGUGGAUUACUGGAGCGAGUUGCCAUUUUAUGGAUCUGAUGAUUUGGAAGCAGAAGAAGAAGAAUAUCAGUCUCCUCAUGACACAUCUAGGUCCUGCAUGAGUUGGCUAGUUGGCCCAACCACCAUGCUUUUUAGGCUAUUUUUUGGCUUUUGUUGCCCCAAAGAUUUUUGAUGAAACCAAGGACAUUUUGAUGAGCUCUGAAUGAAUAUGCCUCAAUCAAAAAAUUACAUUGAAACUGUUUCUCCUCUGUCAUUUCUUUUGCAUUUGCUGCCAAGUUGACUGGGAUGGUUGCGGUUAAAGUCACUGAAGGUUAUGAGCUGUAAGCAUCUCAAGCUUCAUGGGCAGUCUAGCAAAUUUUUUGUGGAACCUUAAAAAAAAUUCCUUUGAUCGGCCCUCUACACUAAGGAUUGAGGAAAGAGUUAUAUUGGAACAACUUGUGGAUCAAGCUAUGGCAUGCAGAACUUUCUUGACAAAAAUAGUCAAUUUUUCUUUAGCUUAUCUUGAUAAAGAUCUCAGUGUGGUCUCUGAAAAAUUAAUUACUGCUGUUAAGGCCAUUGAAGUGGCAGUUCUGUAUGAUCAUCAAGCUAAUCGCAACCUUGAGCUGGCUUUAGCAAGAUACUCAUGGAGAUUCAAAGUCAAUAGAUUAUUAGGGGGUUUACAAAAGCCCAAGAUCCAACUGAUUCAGCAGCAUUUGAAAGAGGUUGCAACAGAUUCUGGAGCUCUCAGCUUAGAUAAAGUUUUUGAACUUAUCAUGGAAGGUGAAAAUUUACCUUCUUACUUGGAGAAGGAAAUUAAGUUACUAUAAGAACUAAGUACGCUUUAUUGUAUUUGUCGAAAGCCAUAUGAUCAGAGAGCAAUGAUUGCUUUUGAUCAAUGUGAUGAGUGGCACCAUUUUGAUUGCAUUAACUUAGUUUCCCCACCGAAGGUCUACAUCUGUCCUGCUUGUAAACCUCAACAACAAGACUUGUCUGCAACACCUUCAGUCAAUCUUGAUGGUUAAGCUUUAAAUUAAGAUAAAAUUCCUUCCAUGUAAAUUGUAAUUGCAUAUAUAUAUUGUAUUUUGCUGAUUGCUUGAGGCCUUAUUUUGGGUUUGGGAAUGUAAAUUAGUCAGUACACACAAAAUACAGAACUGAAAAUGCUUGUUUGAUGAUGGUUUUUGGAAUAAUCUCUUCCAAAUGGAACUGUUUAAAUCUGAAGUUUUCUUUGAAGAUGAGUUUAACUGCCAUUUCUGUAGAUAAUCUAAAGAAAUCCUAAAAAUUGUACCUGUUUUUUUGUUGUAAUAAUCAUUGUAUUAUCUUAUACAUUGUAGUCUUUUCGAAAUAGUUGGAAAGAAUGAGAGUUGAAAAAAAAAAAAGCUUGAUUUAUAUCAAGAUGACUGUAGUCGUUAUGUCAAGGAGCAAGUGCAUUUGAUUUUCAAGAAAACCUCAAAUUACUAUCACAUCUUGAAACAGAGGUUGGGUGCUGAUUCUCAGUACUUUCUAGGAAGUUUUAAUGUUAAACAAGGAGUGAAAAGAAAGUUGUACUUGAGUAAAGACUGUGUACUGGGGUAGCAACUUUCUUAAUUUUUAAUGAAAUUAUUUAUUUAUCAAAAAAGAAAGCAAUGGGAUUUGUUUUUUUUAUCUACUAUAUGUUUGGCUAAAUGUUCUCCUUGGUUUGACUCUUCUCAUCCAACCAGAGUUUGUACUAUCCUAUGGCGUGACCAUGAAUUUCUCAGAAAUGUUUUGCUUCAUUUUCAGGUACAAUGUCCAUUGUCUAUAGUUUUAUCAAGCAAAACCCUGACAGAUUUUUUCAGAAAAUGUCAUUGUAAACACAUUGACUAUCAGCUCUAUGGGGAUAUGGCAAAUGCAAAGAGUUUUUUUUAAAAAAAAAUACCUUUCGUAUAUUCUCUCCUCCUUGCAUAUUACAGGCCUUUUCGUGAUCUUAUAAUUACAUUGUAAUAUAAUUUUUCAAGGAAUUCGUGCCCUUAAACGUGCGAGGAAUUGAAAUGUCUAGAUUAUCACUCCUAUGUCUUAGCUUGCUCGAAUUUAUUAAUAGCUUUAUGUUUUAUCUGACAUUCGAGGUCAGUAUUUCCUAUACUCUAGCAAAUGUUGUUUUCCUCACUUUGUCAAGAUGUUUCCAUAUUGCUAAUGCUUUGUAAUGAGUCCCUUUGCCUCAGCCCCAAGGUACCUAUGUUGAAACAAUAUUACAUCAGGUUGUGUGCUACCCGACCCUUAAAUUGAAGGUUAGUACUGUUGUUUAUCAACAAAGCUCAAGUGCUACUGAAGCUUCCUUUUGAAAAGUGAGAACAAUGAACAAGGAAAAUGUGAGAAAGUUCCUAAUCGAGAUGUUGACCCAAGAAAACUUGUAAAGAUUCGGCUCCAACUUUUGCAGUUUGUAUGCAGUCCCUGAAAACUACAUAUCAAAGUCAAAAGAAAAUGUGGAGAAAUCUCUGUGCCUACAAUAUGCAGCAGCAGCUGCUCAAUGGUUGAUUCAGUCUUCCAUUGACAUUCUUAAGCUAGAUGAAUCAUCUUUUGGUUUAAUUGGGAAUCCAACAAGUCCAUUAAGGGCACUUAAAUAGCUCCAGAUUCUGUUUUCAAAUUCAAGAGAUAAUUCAAUGCUGAGCUUUAGAUCUUGGAGGAGACGUUGAGUAGAGUUCCAAAUAUGUACAACACACCAUAUGUUUUGGGCUUUUAAUUUGAAAAUUGUUGUUUGUAUCUAGGAUAUGUGAUUCCUUAAAUAUCUGUAACAAACAUGACAAUCUUUUGAGUUUGUACAGAUUUUCAUUAUUGUUGUUGUAAUGGGUAGAUAGUCCCCAAUUAAUGUUA